CUUGAGCACGAACAUUGUAUAUCAUUUGUUGUUUGUAUGCUCUGUUUGCUAAUGUCUCCUGAUCACUACAGCUGAUUCUAGGACACAAAUUUUUACAAUUUUGAAGUAUUAUGUCAUCAUAUUAUUACUAUAAAUAAUAAUCAUAAUAUUAAUUCAAAACAUCUGGAUGGUAAUUGCAUUGAAAAUAGUUUUGGACAAAAGUAUUGUAAAUUAUUACAACACACUUGGAUUUGAAAUGAACCUCUUGUGAUAGAUUUUAAUCAACUGUAUAAACAAAUUUUAUCAUCAUCAUGUACGUCUUUUUGAUGGAUCAAGGUCGUCUUGUCUCUCUAGACGACAAUUUGUUAUCUCAAACGGUUUCAAGUUUACGUAAUGUAUUAGCGCAUGAUUUCGAUCUACCAUUGAAUAAACAAAUUCUCUUGGUAUCAGGUGGUUUUCAAUUGGAACCAGGUGAUAAAUUGUCAACAUAUGGAGCUGGUCUAGAUAAGACAAAUCCAAUCUAUGUGUUUACGCAAACCUUACCAAAUGAUACCAGUGUACAGAAACCUGAUGUUUUGCAAGUGAACGACGGUGGAUAUCCACGACAAUUGGCUAGUCUUUUGGAAUUAGCACCAUCGGAAAAAGUAUUCGAAGAUCGAUUACGUCUUAUUCGUGCACUUACACCGAUUGGUCGUGAAGCAGCUAAUGCAAUUGAACAGUUAGUAUCUGAACAACGUCAAAUGAUACAGGGUUGGUGUGUUGCACUAGCCAAUUUAGCUGAAGUUGCUACAGAUACUAAUAAACGUUUAUUGUUUGCAACUAGUCGACUUGUACAAUUUGAAGAAUGUAUUUCUGAUUGGGAGAGAAAGUUGUACAGUUUUCAUGAAUUGAAAAAGGAAUUGUCUGAUUUACCAUUAUUACCACAAUUAGUUGUGAUUGGAUCCAGUGAAUUGACCAAUGAGAAAGAAUCGUUGAAUACCAACAACAGCAACAACGCUAGUAAUAUACCAAAACCAACAAAUUUAUACGAAUGGGUUUGUUUACAAUCAGCUAUAUCUAGUGUUGGCACACGUUAUUCCCUAGUAUCAUCGUCUACAUCAUCAACAAUUAAAUCUGUUGGUCUGCAACAUCUCGGUGGUCGUGGUGGUGGUGGUGGUCGAGUUCGUACAACAAGUACUGGUCAACUGAGUUCUACAGUGACUGGAGUUAGUCAAUCGUCUAAAGUCUCCUUCUACACUGGUGGUUCACAGACUAGUUUGAAUAGUUUGGGUGUAGGUUGUUCAAAUUCAUCGCCUCCAUUGGAUAACCGAUUAUUGACUGAUCAAGGUUCAAUGAAUAGUGUUGACAGUAAUCUUAGUACGUCCAUACAACAACAGCAACAACAACAACAUGAAUCAUCGUCAACAACAACUGGGAUAGAUUAUUAUGAGUCAGCGUUCUUAGAAAUCAUAAAACGAGCUAUUGAAGACAUACAUUCAUUACGAUAUGGUCCAGAUGCACAGUUUCAAUCAACUGGAAAACACCAGCCAUCGCAACCACAGCCGACAGAUACUAAUACCAGUGAAUUGACUUAUGUUCGAGCGCAAACGAAUCGUUUAUCAGAAUUAAUUACUAUGGUUAAUACUUGUUCAAAAUCGAAUUAUGAUGAAAUGACAAAUUCUACUGUUCCUCAUUCUUCAUCAUCAUCGACUUCACCAGGAUCAACCGAUGUGAAUAAUACACAACUGGAAGGCAUUAGCAGCAGUAGCAAUACUACGACUACACAAGGUGCUUCUUCCGCGGAUUCACCACCGAAUACUGUUACUACCACCGCGUCUACUGUUGGUCUGUCAGACAGACAACAAACACUUGCCUCUUCUUCUUCCUCCUCCUCAUUACACUUAACUCGUGAUCAAGAUGUAAAUUUAAUGAUUAGUGUACAUGAUGCCUUAGAUCCAGGAUAUUUUAGUCAACGUCUUUCACAACUCGAUCCACUUGCCUGUGAAGCAAUUGAUUUAGCUAGAAAAAUGAUUGGAAUUGAACAGUGCACAACGAAAACAUUUCAACAAAUUGUUCAACAGAAAAUUAAUUCAUUGCUUCAAGCUAAAUUCACAGAGAAUACUACAAAUUCACAAGAAUUAAUUAUUGCAUUUAAUCGUUUAUGUGAAAUAUUGGGUAUUGUCAUGCAAAGUAAAUUAUUACUAGCGAAUAAUUUAUCCGAUCGUCAAAGAUGGCUUCAAAAUUUCCAGUCUGAAUUAAAUCGUCUUGAUGCAAUUAUACAACAUUGUCUUCGUCGUAUGUGUCGGGUGACAACAACAGGAACAUUAAUUUCUCAACUUGGUGAAGCUGGUUCAACCUAUGCUCGGUGUUUAGCUGAAAUUGUUCGUCGUACAGAAUUUGAAGAUAUGCUUACUCAACGGUCGGUAUAUUAUCUUAAAGAGGAGAAUCAUUUACGUGCUGAAGAAUGUCGUCGACGACGAAUUUUCUCAAAACAUUUGAAAAAUAACUUCUUGCAUACACUGUUCUCUCCAUGGACUAAUCCGAAAACUGAUUGUCUUGGGUUGAUCAAUUUACCAGCUCCAAUUAGUAUGUCACAAGAUGUCAGUGACCAACAGUUAUGUGAAACGAUGUCUAACCUAACUGUCACUUGUUCUACUGCAACAGCUUAUACCACAACAACACCAACAACAACAACCACUCAUAAACUAGAAUCUCCUACAACACCUGAAUUAUCAGUGAAUCGACGUUAUGCCUUAUCAUCUCUAUCUGAACCACGUUUAAAUGAAUUAGCUAAAGCUUGUGCUUUAAAUCGUGUUAGUUCUCGACUACGUUCAAGUCGAUUGAAUUCUCUAAGUUCACCAGAUCCACAAUUAGCUAAAGUUAAAGAAGAUGAAAUGAUUGAAUCUGGUCAAAAAAAGUGUACAGAUUCAACUUUAUCCUUACAACCAUCAACAGGUAUUCAUCAAAAUCAAUCAGUCAGUCCUUCACAGAAUACACCAGUGGCGACAGCGGUAACAACAGCAGCAGUGCCAUUACGUCGUCAGCAUAUGCAUACACCUGCGCAUAGAAUAGAUUCAAGUCGUCGGGCAUCAAUGCCAUCUCCAGAACCGGACAGAGCAACAUCUACAUCGAAUUGGUCAAUUGAUUCAACAUCACUUGCAUUGACGACACAUCAUUUCUAUGCAAGUAAUACAGCUGUUUAUAAUAAUAAUAAUAAUCAUAGUAGUGUUGUUGUUAAACAACCGGUGAAGAUAACUCGUGAUGAUUUAGACAAAUUAAUGCAAUCUAUGCCAACUAGUAUAUGUAAUCUUUUACGAACAGAAUUGAAUAAAUCCUUCAGCUUGUUCAAGAGUGCAUCAUUUCUGGCUAAUUCAUCUAUGAGUUUGGUCGGUGGCAGUGGUGGUGGUCCUUUAGACCAAUCGUCUGUUUCAACAGGUUUAAAGCUGAUUUCAACAACAACAACGACAAUGAUGGUGACGACUUCGACAACCACAUCAGCGAUGAUGACAAUGGGGACUACUAUGAUCACUGGGACACAAAUUAAUCCGCCUGAAACAAAGUCAACAACUACAUCACCGAUAUGCAGUAUAAUUCAGUCAACACCACAGUUAGUCAGUGUUGCCUGUCAAACAGAAUUCAAUUUAAUUGAACCAAUUAUUAAUGUUGGAUCAGGUCGUAGUCUAAAUUCCAGCUUAGGAUUAUCAGUUGAUGAUUCAGCUCGUCGUACUGCUAAUAUUAAUAUUAAUAAUAAUACAUGCUGGGAAGAACUUCCAGGAAGUUUAUGCAGUUGGGAGUUAUGCCGUUUCCCUGUUAUCCGUUCAUCAAGAGAUCGUAUGUCUAUUUCAUUGAAUACCCUACCACGUUUUGAACAUUUAUUUGUCACUGUUGGUACUCAAACCGAUUUACCAAUUGAUUGUAUUGACGAUCAUUCUGUGUAUAAUUCACCGGUGCCGAGUACAACAAACUCUGUGGAUGCUGCUGUACUACCCUCUGUAGAUACUACAUAUGCACAAAAAGCUGAUAGUGAAUUCAAAGAUACAGUAGAAAAUGAUUCAGCACAACUUCAUGAAUGCGUCAGGGAAACUGCUCCUGCUACAUCUUCCUGCCCUAAUUCUGAGGAUAACGAAGAAAUGAUUGAUGACAAUGUUGUCCUGUCUGAGAUAUUCACAGAAGCAGUGGAUGAUGACGAUGAUGCCGAUUUAUUCACCGACUCUGCUUUAAUGAUGACAUCAAGUUUUCAUUCAACUCGAACAACAUUUUCAAAUAAUAAUAAUAGUAAUAAUCAUUAUAAUCAAUAUGGCAAUGAUGAUAACAUUGACAAUCUGUCACAGCAUACACCGUUAAUGUCUAUUACUCAAAGUCGUUGUAGUGAUGAUGAUCAAGAUGAUACUGGUUGUCGUAGCAAAAGCAGCAGAAGUAGUAGUGGUAAUCUGUGUUAUAUUACAGAUGGUGUUGCUGGCGGCGGGGAUGGUACUGUUGGUACUACAACUCAGUAUGGAUCUAUGAUAUGUGAUGGUGUCAAGACAUCAUCAGACUUACUGUUAUUAUCGUCGUCGUCAUCACCAGGUGGAGGACGAAGCGGUGUUGUUGACGGUGGCCGCCAUCCCCAUCACCAACCAGAGUUAAAUGAUCAACAGAAUCAAACCACACCAUCGCUUACCUCAUCUUCAGCUUUCUUAGAUCAUUGUUGUAUCAAAUGUCAAUUAAGACGUAAACAUCAUAAAGAAUACUUUAGUUUACUUCAAAAAUGUUUACAAAUUAUUAAAAGUAAAGAAGAAAAUGAAACGAAUUCAAUUAAUCCUGAUGUUGAUGUUACUGUGAAUGAGACAACUGUUGGUGGUGAUGGUGGUAGUAAUAGUAGUAGGCAGUCAACAGUAGUACAUGAAGGAACAACCCCUGAAGUAUCAACAACAGCAACAACGACGACAACACCACUUCAGUCAUCAGAUUCAGUGCAUACACCAUUAAUUUCGCUAAAUAGAAGUCAAUUGAAAUGUCUUUUAAGUGUGUUAGAAUCGUGUUCUCUUAUGUUUCUUAAAAAAUCUAAACACAGUCUACCGUGUUUUUCGUCUCAUCCACCUAUGGAGACUUUAACUGAUGAUAAAGUUGACAAAAUUCCACACGAAACUGAUCCUUCUGAUCCGGAUUUAUUAACAACGCUAAAAGACAAUUCUGAAGAGUUGAUCAAUUCUACACUGAAUGAAUGUACAUGUCCUGAUGACGAUGGCAACAACGACGCUACAUUAUCAUCAUCAUCAUCAUCUGCUGCUGCUGCUAUUGAUGAUGAUCAGUUUGAUUUUGGUAAAUCUUUACAAUAUUUACUAGAAGCUUUACAUUUAAAUAAUCCGGUAUAUACUGUUUCUAUGGCUACAUCAACAACAACAGCGCCAGUACAUAUCUCCAAUGAAACAACAUCUAUGAUAACUCAGACAGAAUUAAUUCAAGGUGUUGAUGUUGCAACAUCAGUUACUCUGUUGAAUCAAACUACUGAAGAUUGUAAUUCUGAAGGUGGGAAAAUGCCAACAUGCAUUUCCGCCUCCUCAAGUAGUACUGCACCCUGUGUCUGUGAUUCUGCUGCUAGCAGCAGCAAUAUGAAGGAAAUCACUGAUGGUAGAGGUGAUAUUCACAAUACAGACGAUUCAAGUAGUUCUAAUUAUCUAACUGUCUCAUCGUAUAAUAAUAAUAAUAAUAAUUCGUCAUCAUCACGUAAUAUUUCUUCUGCAUCGACUUCUGCGGCCUCGCGUUGUACAUCACCUACCUCACUGUCUCCUGUCCCACUGUUACAACAAGAACAAUUGGUUAAUACAUUCAGCAGUGAUAAUACUAGUACUGCGAUUAGUGGCAGUAAGCAUAAAUCGAAUGCUUUGGAAACUUCCACUUGUAAUUUAUCGGGUAUUUCUAAAAAGUCCGCUGAACGCUAUACUAGUUUUGUGCAUUCAAAUUUUGCACCGAAUGAUAUUGUAAUCUUUGUGCCAGUUCAAGGAUCGAAACCAAAUACUUCAGGAUUAUGUACUACUGAUGGUGCCACUGCUACUACCACGACGACGUCGACGUUGACGACUACUACUAGUGAUGCCAAUUCCAGCGAUGCUGACAGUUCAAUGACAACAGCAACAACAACAACAACAACGAUGGCGAGUGAUAUAACACCUACAACCAGUUGUAUUCUAUCACAACAAGACACCAACAAUCCUAAUAAUAAUAAUACUGACUUAACAAAUAUAACAAAAUCUGAUAUAUGGUCUGUCAGUAGUGGUAAACUUUCUUUAAAUCUCCUCGAUGUAAUUUCACCUUCAUCUAGCUUGCUAUCUUCAAUGAUUGUUCAGUCAUCUUUACCAUUGUGUUCAUCAAUAUUUGGAACAAGCAGUAGCACGAGCACAACAACUACAACAAUGGCUGCCAGUACCACAACUGCUUCGACGGCUGCAACAAAAACGAUGCAUAAAAGUGCCUAUCCAUUAAAUAGUAAUACUGCUUUAGCCAAUGAAUUCUACUCCAGUGCAUUGUUAGGCGGGGAGGUAUUUUUACCAACUGUGAACGCUGCUACUACUAAUACCACUGCAACAACACUGGGAGCAGGAGAACUACCCCUAUCAUCAACGACAACAACUGCUGCUACUACUACGACUGGCGAUGGUUCACAUAUUCAAUGGCGUAUGUUAUCCUCCGAUGGACAUGUCUACUUUUUACAUCAAGAUGACUUUAAAGCCUUAAAUAUUGAUGAGAAUACUGACUAUUGUCAACCGAUCAGUUCUAAUCUACAAGAAACAAGUUCUACCCCAAAUAAAAGUCAAUCCUUUAAAGAAGCCUUUCCAGCUCAUAAUCAUUUUAUUGUUGCAAGAUAUCAAAGUAAACAACGAUGUUUAUCUAAAAAGGCUAGUAAUCGAUUCAAUUUACCGAAAAAUUUCAUCUUUUAUCGUGUCAGAGCUUCACCUUUACAUUUAUCUUCACCACCGUCGACGUCAUCAUCGGAAUCGCCGUCUAAGCAGAAUACUAAUGAUACAAAGAGUAACCACUAACUAAUAUAAUAUGGCAGCUAUAGAUGUAUGAAUCCUGUGAUUCUUUAAUUUUUGUGUUCUUCCCCCCCCCCCCCCCAAAAAUAAGAGAAACUUCCAAAAAUCAGAUUUAUGAAAUCACUACUUUGCGUGUGUGUGUGUGUGUGUGUGUGUGUACAUACUCAGAGAUGUGAAUAUUUCUGUCCUUGUAAGUUCAUCAGUGAUCUUGUUCACACACACACACACAUAAUCACAACUAUAACAGUCCUAACUGCUCUGCUGUUGUCAUCCCCAUCAUCUUGGCGAGUAUGGAUCCUCAAGAAAAAUAUCUACACCUACCAUAUCAUGCCUUUCAAAUCACAUUACAUCACAUCACAGAUACACGCACACACGCUCCCACAUCCAUACAUACAUAAAUACACAAACGUAUGAUUUAAUAAAGUCAAUCGGAACAAUGUACACAAAGUCAAAGAUGGCAUAACAGAGGAGAGAGAGAGAGACAGAAUGAGAGAUUACACCAGAGGACUAGAUGCAUCUUCAUUUCGCCGGCAUACUCUUCCUUUGACAAUAGAACCUUUAUCAUCACAUACAUGCAUGUCGUUCACACAAUGGAAAUUAUUCUGCCAUAAUAUAUUCUUAUUAUUAUAUUUUAUUUCUCUAUUUUCUUAUCAUUGCAAUUCUUAUCCAACCUGUCUCCCUCCCUCUCUCUCUGUGUGUAUCUUACGUAACCAGUGGAUGAGACUGUUUAUAAAAGUACAGUUAGAAACAUAUAUAUAUAUUACACAUCAACACACUGUGAAUUAACUCAUGUGUGUGUAUCUGGGAUAUAAAUAUAGUGAGCAAACAGGUGAUUAUUACACACAUUUGUCUCCUAUAUACAUACAUGUAUUUUGUAGUCAAGCGCCUGAGUCUUUCUCAUUAGCUUUGAAUGUUUGUGUGUGAGAAUGUGUGCGUGCCUGCCUGCCUGUGUUUGUGUGUGUGCGUGUGCGUGUGCGUGUAUUUGAAUACAUACUGAAUUCAUCGAAUUGUGUCUACUUUUUACAUCUGCCUAUCUAUCUAUCUACCUACCUGUUUUCUAUUCGAAUGUCUGUCUCUCUAUCUCACUUUCAAACAAUACUUGUUUGUGGGUGUGUGUAUGUGUGUGUGUAGGCACUCUAACACACAACCAUCUUCGUCAUCAACCUCGUUGUCAUCAUUUCCUCUGUUUUUUUUCUGUUCACAUUAUUUCUUUUGUUUUUUUGUUAUUUCAAUAGUUUUUUCAACUCAUUUCGCUUUAAGAACAAACAGUUUACAUGUUUACUUUUUACUUGUGAUAAUAAUAAUAUUAUAUUGUACUGUGUUCCUGUGUAAAUUUUUUGUAAUCACCACAUUAAAUACUAUGAUAUCCACUCAGAGAGAAUUCAUCAACUAAGUUCUUCCCCCCACCCUGCUCCUCCUGGACAUACAAUUCCGCUUAUGUAAUCUGAUUGUGAAAGGGGUGAUAGAUGGUGUAGGGUUCCUGGUGUCAUUGUUGUUAUAUAUAUAUAUAUAUAUAUAUAUAUAUAUAUAUAUAUA